AUGGCACCCAACGGCACCCCAGCCAAACGCAGCCGCGUCUUCUUCAAAAUCUCCAUCGGCGGCCACGAAAUCGGUACAGUAGUCUUCGAGCUCUACAACGACAUAGUCCCACUCACAGCCGACAACUUCCGCGCACUCUGUACUGGCGAAAAAGGCAAAGGCAAUGCGGGUGUGGACCUACACUUCAAGAAAUCACUCUUCCACCGUGUGAUCAAGCAAUUCAUGAUCCAAGGUGGUGAUUUCACUGCUGGAAAUGGCACAGGAGGAGAGAGUAUCUAUGGGGAGAAGUUCGCGGACGAGAAUUUCGAGUUGAAGCAUGAGAAGCCGUUCCUGCUUAGUAUGGCUAAUGCUGGACCUGGAACAAACGGGAGUCAAUUCUUCGUGACGACGGUCAAGACACCGCAUUUGGAUGGAAAGCACGUCGUGUUCGGCGAGGUGAUCAGUGGGAAAAGUGUGAUCAGGGAGGUGGAGAACACAAAGGUUGGUGCGAACGAUAAGCCAGACAGCGAUUGCGAGAUCACGGAUUGCGGAGAGAUUCCCGAAGGAGCAGAUCUGGCAGAAUUCACACAAAAGGCACCGGAUGCUACAGGCGAUAAGUACGAGGACUUUCCCGAAGACCAGCUAGAGAAGGACCAGGAGUGGAAGGGCACGGAAAUCGUGGCCAUUGCGACGGAGUUGAAGGAUAUGGGUAACAAGGCUUUCAAGGGCGGGGACCUUAAGCUAGGGUUGGCGAAGUAUCAGAAGGCGCUACGAUACCUACACGAGUACCCUGAGCCUCUCGAGAAUGACCCGAAGGAUAUCGGGAACCAGAUGGCGCAGCUCAAGAUCUCGCUAUACAGCAACAGCAGUAUGCUAGAGUACAAGCUCAACAUGCUGCGCGAGUCUGCCUCCUCGGCUGACAAAGCUCUGGCUGUCCCUGGGAUCGAUGACAAGCAGAAGGCCAAGGCACUCUUCAGAAAGGGUGUCGCAGCGAAGGAUAGCAAGAACGAGGACGAGGCGCUCAAGUGUUUGCAGGAGGCUGAGAAGUGCAAUCCUGGUGAUGCGGGGAUUAAGAAUGAGUUGGCGGCUGUGAAGAAGGCGGGGGCUGCUAGGAGGGAGAAGGAGAAGAAGGCGUUCUCGAAGAUGUUUGAUUGA